AUGACAUCUAGAGAGCCCCUGCACGUGAAGACCCCCAUCCGUGACAGCAUGGCUCUAUCCAAAGUGGCCGGCACCAGUGUUUAUCUCAAGAUGGACAGUGCCCAGCCCUCUGGCUCCUUCAAGAUCCGGGGCAUCGGGCACCUCUGCAAGACGUGGGCUGAGCAAGGCUGUGAACAUUUCGUCUGCUCCUCAGCGGGCAACGCAGGCAUGGCAGCCGCAUACGCCGCCAGGAAACUGGGCAUCCCUGCCACCAUCGUCGUGCCCAGCACCACACCUACCCUAACCAUCGAGCGGCUCAAGAAUGAAGGCGCUAUGGUCAAGGUGGUGGGUGAGAUGUUGGAUGAGGCCUUCGAGCUGGCCAAGGCCCUGGCGAAGAACAACCCAGGCUGGGUCUACAUCUCCCCCUUUGAUGACCCCCUCAUCUGGGAAGGCCACACUUCCAUUGUGAACGAACUGAAGGAGACACUGAGCACAAAGCCAGGAGCCAUCGCACUGUCGGUGGGUGGCGGGGGGCUGUUGUGCGGAGUAGUCCAGGGGCUGCAGGAGGUUGGCUGGGGGGAUGUGCCCAUCAUUGCCAUGGAGACCAUCGGUGCCCACAGCUUCCACGCUGCCACGGCUGCAGGCAAGCUCGUCUCCCUGCCCAAGAUUACCAGUGUUGCCAAGGCCCUAGGCGUGAAGACCGUGGGGGCUCAGGCCCUGAGGCUGUUUCAGGAACACCCCAUCUUCUCUGAAGUCAUCUCAGACCAGGAGGCUGUGGCUGCGAUUGAGAAGUUUGUGGAUGACGAGAAGAUCCUUGUGGAGCCCGCCUGUGGGGCAGCCCUGGCCACCGUCUACAGCCAUGUGGUCCAGAAGCUGCAAGGAGAGGGGAAGCUACAGGCCCCCCUACCCUCCCUCGUGGUCAUCGUCUGCGGGGGCAGCAACAUCAGUCUGGCCCAGCUGCAGGAGCUCAAGGAACAGCUGGGCAUGGAGAACGGGCUGCCCAAGUGA